GUCCGUGACGUCAUCGGCGCGCUGUUCUUCUCGCCCUUUCAGAGCUAGAGACGCCGUGCGCGUGCACAACCACAACAUUGAACAACAAACAAACAGUCCCACAAUAAACACGAGGCGCAGAGUCGCGGUGAGGGAGUGGAGCGAUGGCUGGGCUGAUGUCUGGGUUUGGCUGCUUUACGCACGCCGUGGUGCGCGCGGUGCCCGAGUCUCUGGCCAGAGACGCGCUGAGGAGCGGCGGUCUGGAGGUGGACCUGCUCAAAGUGCAGAAGGAGUAUGAAGAAUACGUGUCUGUGCUGAAGCACCGGCUCGGGCUGGAGGUGCUGGAGCUGCCCGCGGACGACGCGCUGCCGGACUGCGUGUUCGUGGAGGACGCGGCGGUGGUGUGCGGAGACACGGCGCUCGUGCCCAGACCCGGAGCCCCGAGCAGGAGGAGGGAGACGGAGGCUGUGAAAGCUGCGUUGACUCAGCUUGGUCUUAAUAUAGUCGAGAUGAGCGAUGAAUCAGCCACGCUGGAUGGAGGAGACGUCCUGUUCACAGGUAGAGAAUUCUUUGUGGGAUUAUCCAAGAGGACCAAUCAGAGAGGAGCAGAGAUCCUGGCCGACGCCUUCAAGGACUAUGCCGUGUCCACGGUUCCUGUUCGGGACGCACUGCAUCUGAAGAGUUUCUGCAGCAUGGCAGGACCAGGUCUCAUCGCCAUCGGAUCCAGCGAAGCCGCGCAGAAAGCCCUGAAGAUCAUGCAGCAGAUGAGCGAUCAUAGAUACGAUAAACUGACGCUUCCAGAUGAUUCGGCCGCAAACUGCAUCUACAUGAAUCUGCCGGGGAAAGGAGACGUCCUGCUGCACUGUACACCAGAGGAGUUCCCUGAGAGCGCCAAGGUGUUUGAGAAACUGAAGGAUCACAUGCUCAUCCCAGUGACCAAUCAGGAGAAAGCUAAGGUGGACGGAGGGCUGACCUGCUGCUCGGUGCUCAUUAACAUGAAGAAGAAGAUCUGAACCACACUCAAAGAAAACAAAUCAGAUCGUUUCAUCCGAAGGGAGGACAAUAUAAAACUAAAUUCAGGUCUCAAAAUAUGUGUGGAAAAUGAAGUACAUUUAUUUUUCUGACUAGCCACACUGUGGUCUUAGCUGGUUUAACUAGACCAUGCUGAUUAGUUUAACCGGCUCGUCUAGCUACUGACUUUUUUUUUAGCAACAGUGAGUUAAAACUAUUACAAUUGUUAUAAAAUCUAAUUUGCAUGACAAAAAUUUCCCCUAAACCUCAAAAUGUAGCUGUAAACUGCUAAAAUCAUCUGGAUCCACUCAGAACGAAUGCACUGAAAGUGUUUAUCACGUUUAAUCGUCCAUCAAGCCCCAAAAAAAGCCUGUUUUUAAACAAUGAAUGCUGAUUUUGUGUUGCCUAGAUUGCAGAUUGUCACGUUCAUAAAUAGAUUUAUAGAGCAUUUAAAAUGUAUUUUCUGGAAAAAUAAAUAUCUGUCGACUGCGCAGAUGUCAUGUGUGAAACAAGCCAUAGUGAAGUGCUUUUACUGAGUAAUUAAAGCAAAAAAAAAUUUAUUUUAUAGAUUUAUUUUUAAGUACAGAUCGUUUGUCCUGCAGUUGUGAAGGCAGAACCCUGAUAGUAAACGAAGAUGUACCAAGAACGUUUUGCUAACAUUGCGAUUAAGUUAUUAUUGAACACAUUUUCUUUAAAUAAAACAACAACCACAGUUUUUUCUCAAUUAUGUGAAUGUUAGAGUAAACGUUACAUUUGCGAACAUUUUCGAAACGUUCUUUUUGAAAGUUCUCUGAAACUACUAAGUUGUUACAUUUAAAAAAAAAAACAUUGAAUUAAAAUGUUACUGAUUUUUUUUUUUCAUGAUUUAAUGUUUUAGUAGUGACGUUACGAACGACCAGAUAACUUUGAAAAAACGUUCUAUUAACGUUAUGUUGACCUUGCCAGAAUGUUCUCUGUGUUAAUCUAGUAUGUAGCGCAUAUUACAUUUUUUGUGUGUUAACCAGAAGAAGAGGUUGAUGUUGACAAUCACCGUUGAUAUUAGUUGGUUGCCAUUACAGGAAACAAUAGGUAAACUGGAGUGCAAUGCAUUGUGGGAUACAGUAUUGCAGAUGUAGCAGGUCAUCUAGGACUAUGCAAUCUUUACCUACUGCAGAAAUAUAGUAGUAUGCUCAAACAUCCUCAGGUGCUGAUUGGACGAGCUUCCUCACUGUGAUGUCAAUCUAAACUGUGACGUCCAAUCAGAAUUUUGCUAACAUCUUUGUAGUUAAAUAGCACACCAGUAUUGGUGCAUGCUAUCUUGACACCACACACAUCUCGUUGCAUUAGCAUAGUGUUAGCACCUAGCUGAAUUAUCAUUAACAACAAUAACUCAUUAGCAUAAAACCUGCUGUGGUUGCAGCUUCACUCUUCACAACUUCACAACUUCUAAACUAAAUGUUGUUAGAAAAACGUCAAAUUGUCCAGUGCAAUGAAUUAUCGGUAAUAUUAGCUAAUAUUAGAUUAAUCAAGUCAGUUUGUUUCUGGUUGAGUUUUCUGUGGAAGCUUGUUUCUAGCACACGAUAAAAAAAUUAAAAUAAAUUAAAAGGUAAUUGCAAUCUUUAAUCUCCUGAUUCUUAAUUUUUUUUCUAACAUUCCUGAAUUUAUUUCUCACAAUUCAGACUUUUUUUCCUCGCAAUUCUGAGAAAAUUUUCUAAGUUGUGAGAUGUAACUUUGAAUUGCAAAAUAUCAUCUCACAAAUCUAAAAAUUGGAAUUGUAAGAUAUAAACUAAAAAAAAGGGAAACAAAAAAGAAACAGAAUUGCAAACUCAAAAUUACGAGAAAGUACAAGUUUUUUAAAGAAAAAAAAGAGAACGUAUGAUAAAAAAAUUAUUAUUAUAAUUAUUAUUUUGGCGGGAACAGGCUUCCAUAUUUUUCUGCAUGUGACAAUUCGCUCAAGUUGCUUAUUUUCCUAGGUAUGCGUUUAGCUUCGACAAACAGCUUUUCUUUUACAUUUUAAUGUUAAGUGUUUUAGGAUUUGCUCUCCUCUAACGCUUCAGUUUAUUUCACCUCUUGAAAAGAAAAUGAAGAUUUAAAGCCACGGGCUUGCCUCUAUAAAACAGGAUUCUAUGGAACAGGAGUUGUCCCAACACUUUUACGAUGUCGACAGAUAAACACAUCAGCCGCCUUUUAUAAGGACGUGAAUUAUUGGCCACGAUGAAAGCGCAGCUGUCUUUCUUUUAUAUAUCUGUCUCAUUCUUCAUCUCCUAGAUGCUUUGCAAAAUACGUUAGCAUUAUUUCUCUGCCAGAAAAACACUUGUAAAAUAUCUGGCAGUUGUCGUGAGUCCCACUGUAUGAUAUCAUAAAGAAACCGCAGUUUAUUAGUGAUCUGCUCAUCCAGAAAGAAUUUCGUGUUUCAUCAUGAACCUCAGUUCACCCUGAGUUUUCAUGCGGGAAUCUGUCAUCAUCCUAAAAAAGAGAGAAACCAGCUCAGGUUUUCAGGAUUCUGCUGCCUGCCGUAUUUUAUAUCUGCUCUUGUAUUUUCUAAAAAGUAAAUGAUUUUUAAAGUGGUCAGUCGAUCAGUAAGAUAGCUGUGUCUCAGGAUUUUUAGAUGUGUUCUGUAUCUCCCAUAAUUCCUUUUACUCUGUGUCUUUGCUCUUUGUAAUGAUUUUGAUGGGUUUGUUAAAUAAAGUGUGUUUUGUAA